GCAGGGGGCAACAAGCAGAAACGCAGCAUGUUGUAGCUUAGUGGGGACCCUCAGUGUUUUCGUCAGUUUAGUAGAAAUGUCGUUCAUUUAAUCAUAAAAUCAACACGGAAAAGUCAGACAUUCGUUAUAGUCUAAAGCAUAUCUGAAUGUACCAUGGAGCCUGUAAUGCUUCGGGUUUGGCAGAGAGCCUUUCACCGCCUCCACAGGACCCUGAUCCUUCCAAAGAGGUUCGACUCAGGCUGUGCUCAACACACAGCUGUCCCUGCUUCCACUCACUCCAGACGUAGCAAGCCUACCCUUCUGGUGUCUCGUCUCUACCAGCCUUCAAACUUGCGUGAUGUGGGACAGGACAGCCGGCUGCCAAAGGAGAUGAGUUGCAAGAGCCAGAGGCUCAUGCAGCAGGCUGGGCUUAUUCAUCCAUCCAACCCAGGGUGCUACUACUACCUUCCUGCCACUGUCCGCUCCAUGGAGAAGCUGGUGAGACUGAUUGACCAGGAGAUGCAGGGGAUUGGUGGGCAGAAGCUGGACAUGCCCAGUUUGUGUUCAGCUGACCUCUGGAAAACCAGUGAGCGCUGGGAUUUGAUGGGAAAGGAGCUGUUCCGCCUCAAAGACCGCCAAGGCGCUGACUACUGCUUGGGUCCCACUCACGAGGAGGCAGUGACGACUCUUGUCGCUCACCAGGCGACUCUCUCCUACAGACAGCUCCCGCUGCUUCUUUACCAAAUAACCCGCAAAUUCAGAGAUGAGCCAAAGCCAAAGUUUGGUCUUCUCAGAGGGAGGGAGUUUUACAUGAAGGACAUGUACUCCUUUGACGUAAGUGAAGAAGCUGCUUAUCAGACCUACGAGUCCGUGUGCCAAGCAUACAACCAGCUCUUCGCCAGGUUGGGUUUGCGCUGCGUUCAGGUGCAGGCAGACACAGGAAACAUCGGGGGUAAACUUUCCCAUGAGUUCCAGCUGCCGGCAGACAUCGGCGAGGACCGGCUUCUGUUCUGUGGGAGGUGCUCCUUCUCUGCUAAUGUGGAGACCAUGUCAUCAGACACAUCCAACUGUCCAAACUGCAAAACUCACAAACUGGAAGAGUCAAAGGGUAUAGAAGUAGGCCAUACAUUUUACCUGGGUAAAAAGUACUCUCAUAUAUUCAAAGCCACUUUCAGCAAUGUCCAGAACAGACCUACUGUUGCUGAAAUGGGCUGCUAUGGUCUUGGGGUUACGCGUAUUCUGGCGGCAGCCGUCGAGGUGAUGUCAACAGAAGAAGGGAUCCGCUGGCCGGGUCUUAUCGCCCCUUAUCAGGUCUGUGUUUUACCCCCUAAGAAGGGCAGUAAGGUGGAUGAGGCAGUAGUUCUAGCAGAGGAACUGGUUCAUACUUUGGGGGAGAAUCUACCUCAGCUGAGAGGUGAAGUUGUUCUGGAUGAUCGUACACAGAUGACCAUUGGAAAGAGGCUAAAGGAUGCCAACAUACUGGGUUACCCGUAUGUGAUUGUAGUAGGACAGGGAGCUCUAGAGGAAACACCCAGGUUUGAGGUGAUCUGCCAGGAGACGGGUGAGACGCUGUUCCUCAGUAGAGAUGGACUGUUAGAUCUACUGGGAAGAGUGGAAACUGUAUGAGUAACAACUCUGAAUGUGGAAAUAAAUGUUUGUUUUUUUUGUUGUGUCUGAGGUGUUGGCCGUGGAUUAUUAAAUAUUUUACAUAUUUUGCAAAGCCUUUACACCUUACUUUUAAAAUAAUAGCUCUAAAAUGUACCUGGGUAAUGGCAUGCAUUUGGAUACUAUAGUGUAAUGGAGAGGAGUCCACAACUUCAUUGCUUUACAGUAUCCCAUGUAUUUACUGUUGCUAAUAAAAAAUAUGAACCUU